AAAAUCGUCGCUGUCAUAUGAGUUUUAGUGUCACAUUUAUUCUUAAAUAUAUUGUCACUUGUACGUUUUAAAUGUAUAACGCACUGCAACAGACAAUAUAUUUUAACGCAUCAACGUGCUCAGUUGUUGUUUACUCAUGACUGUGAUACAAUAUUUUUAUUCGGGUAUCUCAUAAACUUAAACUAUAAAUAUUAUUUAUUAUUUAUCAAAUAAUUAUGAAAAUAAAUAAUAUCUGUCAUUGAUCGGUUAUUUUUUAAUUAUUAGUCAGUUUUAUUUAUAAAUAUAUACAUAUAUUUUUUUUGGUUUGGUUCAUUUUGAUAAAAUCUUUAAAAAAAUGGGAUCAGAAAUGAAUCCAAGCGGAGUUUUGAAAACCAAUUGGGUGCCGGGUCAACCGACGGUUGAUGAAGUCAGCAGUUCGAUGCAAAUAUUUGGUACUGUUGAUUAUAUCAUAUUUACGCUGAUGCUUGUAUCGUGUGGAGGAAUCGGAGUUUACUUUGGUUUUAUUAAAAAAUCGACGGGAGAAGAUGAAUAUUUAGUAGGCGGCAGAAAUAUGAAAACAUUUCCCGUAAGUCUCAGUUUGAUAGCCAGUUUUAUUUCGGGUAUUUCGUUGCUGGGUACGCCGACGGAAGUUUAUGUUCAUGGAACGAGUUAUCUUUUUAUUGGUCUUGGUGUUAUACUAGUGGGAUUCACUAUGUCGAGUAUUUAUUUGCCGGUUUUUCAUAACUUACGGCUUACGAGCACUUAUGAAUACUUGGAAAGACGAUUUGAUCGAAAAGUUCGUAUACUGGGAUCCACACUUUUUUCUAUUGGAAUCAUGCUGUGGCUUCCUAUUGUUAUUUAUGUACCCGCAUUAGCGUUCAAUCAAGUAACGGGAGUUAAUGUUCAUAUCGUAACUCCUUUUGUGUGCAUCGUGUGUAUUUUUUAUACUUGUGUGGGAGGCCUUCGAGCAGUAGUAUGGACAGAUUUUGUUCAGGCUUUUAUAAUGUUCGGUGCAAUGCUUCUUGUUGUAAUAAAAGGUACUGUCGAUGUUGGUGGUCUCGGGGUUGUACUCCAAAGAAAUCGCGAUUCAGAUAGACUUGAAUUACCCAUGACUGAUUUGAGCCCAUCAACAAGACAUACAAUCUGGGCAUUAGUAAUUGGUGGUUUUGUUCACUGGCUGCAGAGUGCUGCGAUUAAUCAAAAUAUGCUUCAACGUUAUAUGUCAUUACCUAAUCUUCAUGAAGCUAAAAAAGCGCUUUGGAUUUUUAUAUUCGGUGCAAUGGCUCUAAUUGGAGUAUGUGGUUACUCUGGAUUAGUUAUUUAUGCUUGGUACCAUGAGUGCGAUCCUUUAACAACUAAAUUGGUUAGCGCUAAAGAUCAAUUACUUCCGCUACUAGUAAUGGAUGUCCUAGGACAAUUUCCAGGCCUACCAGGUCUUUUUGUUGCAGGAGUUUUUAGUGCUGCUCUUAGCUCUUUGUCAACUGGACUCAAUUCAAUGGCUGCAGUUAUUUUUGAAGAUUUUAUUAAACCAUUUCGUAAAACACCAUUUAGCACUAGAAGCGCUGAUAUACUUAUGAAAUUAACUGUUGUUGUAUUGGGUGUUAUUUGCGUAGCGCUUGUUUUUGUCGUUGAAAAAGCUGGAACUCAUGUACUUGAAUUAUCAAUAACUAUGAGUGCUAUUCAUAGUGGACCUUCAUUAGGAAUUUUUAGUAUUGGAAUUUUAUUACCAUGGGUCAAUGCCAAGGGUGCAUUAGUUGGUGGAAUUUGUGGAUUAGGAAUAAUGGGAUGGGUCACGUUUUCAGCUCAAGCUGCGAUAGCCAGCGGCAGUAUUGUAUCCGAUGAAAAAUCAGUUACUACGGAAGGUUGUACAUAUUGGUUUCAACAAGCAGAAAAUUUAUUGCUUUCCGUACCACCGGAUUCUGUUUUUGGAACAACUGACGAAGAUAAAUCAAACGAAACAUGGGCAAUAUAUCGUGUAAGUUAUUUGUGGUACACUUUGACGGGGGCUUUAGUAACAAUGAGUAUUGGUCUCUUUGUCAGUAUUAUAUCAUCUGAAAAAGUUGAUAAGCUCGACCCAAUGUUAGUUGCGCCAUUCAUCCGUAAAUAUCUUAAAAAUAACAACACAAUCGAGUUGCAUCAAGUGCAGAUAAAUUCAGUAAACGAACGACGGUCUGCAGAAGAAAUAUUAACGACUUCCGAAGCAUCAAGUCGCAACAAACGAUCAACAUGAAUUGUUUUAAAUUAUUUAAACAGGGUAUUUUUAUAUAUAAGCAAUCAUACAUUAAUAUAAUUUUAUAUUCAAUAAAUAAUAAAAUGAAUUAUCAGAUAAAAUAAAA